AUGAGACGAAGCACAGCAAAAGGCAUCCUAGCCUUGGCGGCAACUUAUGGUGCUGCCCAAGGAUUCAACUCCUUCCAGACGACGCAUGUUGGUGGUCGAACAAUGCAGAGUCGUGACAGAACUUAUGACACUGUUCUGUUUGCCGACACCAUGGCACGACCAGGUUUUGGCGGUGGAACGCAACAAGGCGGAUUUGGUGGUGGGUUUGGUGGCAAUAACAACAACAAUGGGGGCAUGGGGGGCUCUUUCAAUGGUCCAGGAGGAGGAGGAGGAGGAUCCUUUCCUGGAGCACAACAACAACAACAGAAUAAUAAUAACGGCGGCGGUCCAAAUCCAGCAUUCGGCAAUGGACCGUCCGUUGGACAGCAAAAUGGACCAAACAAUAUGAAUGGACCUGGUUUCAAUCAAGGAGGAGGAUCGUUUGGCCAACAACAGCAACAACAGGGCUCUUUUCCACAGCAGCAAUCCAUGGGUGGUCAAUUAGCUCAGGCCCCAUCGCCAAACAUGAAUGGACCGUCCGUUGGACAGCAAGGAAGGCCAAAUAUGAAUGCUGCCUCUGCCAGUCGGCCUCAGGGAGGUCAAGGAAGUCGCGCUCCCAUGAAGCAAGUGCCCUCCUCCUUUGGAAGGUCUCAAUUUCCCCAAGCAACCGGUUCGGCCAUUCAAAAGCAAAUGUAUGUCAUGCAGGAAAAGUUUGGUGACAUUGUACAAGGAUCUUCCAUCAAGACCUGGGGGUUUUCGUCGAAAAAUCAAAUGGACCGUGUUUUGUUGGAAAUGACGACGACCGGUCGUCCACUUGAAGCAAAGAUCGAACUCUGGGAAGGUCCUGAUAACAAGCCACAGAAAAUCAGAGCAUGGUCAGAAGAUGGUGCCGCAUACCCUCUUCGAGCCCUCAUUGAACUGCCGUCCAAGCAAAAUACCUUGGCCGUCAAAAAUACCGGUCCCAAUUUCGAAUUUCCACUUUCGGCUCGAGUGGCCGAUGGUGACAAGCUUGGCUCGUCGGAUUUCUCCAAUCCAGUUUCGGCGCAGCGAUUGUGGGAUUAUGGAGGUGAAAUGGUGAACAUUCAAGGAGGUGCCAUUGACACUUUUAAGUUUGGCGACGAAACCGUCAGCGUCCAGAUUGUCCUCCAAACCAUGGGGUUGCCACUCUGCGCCAGGUUGGAACUCUCCCAAGGACCCAACAAUAACAAGCAAGUGAUUGAUAUCUACUCCCAAGAUGGAAUGACCUACCCCGCAAGUUUCGUUCUCGAGACGCCAGGUGACGGCAAGACAUUGCGCAUUAUGAACUCGGCCAGUAUGGAAUAUCCAAUUUACGCAUGGGUGGAACCAGUCCUCUCCAGUCCCUUUAACAGCAAUGUGGAAGUCAUUGGAAAUUCUCAAAUGAUGUCUUCGUCGUCUCCUCAGUCACUCACGGCAAGCAGCAUGGGACCACCAAGAAACAACAUGGCCGUCAGCAACAACAAGAGACGGCUUCAGACGACUCCCGUUUCCUGGAAUCCUCAAUCCACCAAAAUUCCAGAAUCGUCUGGCUGGGCCACGGCCUUUAGUGGAUCUCCCCAAAACAGUCUCGCAUUCUUUCCCAGCUCGACAUCUGGCAAUCAAAAUUAUGCCGCAGCCAUGGUCUCGUCGCAAGGAAUUUACAGUCCCAACAUUUCCGAAGGAGAAGUCCGUCGCUUGUUCUACCUCUGGAAUGAUGCUCUGGCCACCUUGGAUUCGCAAGCGGUGGCCAAUCGAUAUGCUCGUCAAGCCGUCCUGCUUCCGACCGUCAGCGACAUUCCACGCACUACCCGUGACGGCAUUGUCGAUUAUUUCAAUCACUUUUUGGAAAAGCGCCCACAGGGUGUCAUUUUGGAAUCCUUUGUUCGAAUUGGGGACAACUGGUGUCAAGAUACAGGAAUCUAUGAGUUCACCAUGGGAACCACCGGUGACCGAGUCAAGGCACGAUAUUCCUUUGUUUACACCUUUGAGGGUGGCGAAUGGAAGAUUGCCCACCAUCACUCUUCCAUGAUGCCAGAAGAAGGAAAAGGAACUGUGCUCGAAGAAGACCAAGUUCGAAGCCUAUUUUAUCUAUGGAACGAUGCCUUGGCGACAUUGGAUCCAGAUGCCGUCGCGUCAAGAUACUCCAAGAACCCAUGUCUGCUUCCAACCGUCAGUGACGUUCCCCGAUGCGAUUAUCCAUCCAUUAGAGAUUAUUUCGUCCACUUUUUGGAGAAGCAACCUCAGGGACAAAUCUUGGAAUCCUACGUCCAGACUGGACCUGACUGGUGCAUGGACAAUGGUAUUUACGAAUUCUACAUGGGGGCUACCGGUGACUCAGUCAAGGCUCGAUACUCCUUUGUCUACGUCAAGGAGGGAGGUGAAUGGAAGAUUUCUCACCAUCACUCGUCCCAAAUGCCCGAAGAAGUCGUUCCCAAAAAGUCUGCGAAUAGUAAUAAUAAUAUGCCGCAACAGAACAUGCCUCAACAAAUGAACAACAAUGGAGGAAUGAUGAUGAACCAAAUGAACGGAGGGGGAAUGAACCAAAUGAACGGGGGUAACAACAUGCCUUUCAGCUAG